AUGGCAGACGAGGAGCCAAAGGUCGAAGAAGUCCCUGCUGAAGCUCCCGCCGCAGAAGAGGCUCCUGCACCAGAAGCCGCUCCAGAAGAAGCCGCCCCAGCCGCAGCUGAAGAAGCCGCGCCAGCAGAAGAAGCCGCGGCUCCAGCACCAGAAGAAGCUGCUCCAGCUGCCGAAGAGCCAGCUCCCGCUGCUGAGGAAGCCGCCCCCGCUCCAGAAGAAUCUGCUCCAGCUCCAGAGGAAGCUGCACCAGCCGCUGAAGAAGCCGCGGCAGCCGCAGAAGAAGCCGCGCCUACCCCUGAGGAAGCCGCACCAGCAGCUGAGGAAGCCGCGCCAGCUGCUGAAGAAGCCGCUCCUGCAGCUGAAACCCCAGCCGUCCCAGAGAUCGCCGUCGAAGCUCCAGCAGAAGAAGCUGCCCCAGCAAUCACUGUUGAAGCCCCUGCCGAGGAAGCCGCUCCAGCAAUUACAGUCGAAGCUCCUGCUGAAGAAACUCCCGCACAGCCCGCCGACGCUCCUGCUGAGGAAAAGAAAGCAGGACUCUCCGCGCCUUUGGUCAAAAAGCGACGAGGAUCGGUUGUCGACAAGAACAAAGAAGGCCAGCUCCUCGCUGCUCUGCAGAAGACCGCCCAUAUGAAAUGGAUCCGACACCCCGACUACCUUAACCUCUGGAUCAUCAACCCUAAUUAUGCUCCUCCCCAGACUGCAUAA